UCACUUAACGACAGGUUUUCAUGUCUUCGGUAUCUUCAAACCCACAAGGUAUCUUCACACAUCCAAAAAGCAUGUGAUGUUCCUCUAAUAAAAAAAAAAAAGAAAUUAAAAAAACAACUCAAAUUCCACCAUUGUUAGUUUGUUACACCAUCUUCCAAACCCUAAUCCCCAACAAAAUGAAUCUGGUAAACCCCACAUCUUUGUUUUACGGAGCACCCGUUGUUUCAAGAUCCCCAAUCUUCCUCCACCCGACCAGAAAGUCUCAACCCUUUUCAUCUUUUUCCUCCAAUUUCUCUUCAAUCUCUGCAAUUUUGACCAAAGAACAGCAGUCAAACCCACCGGAAAAACAACAACUCAAACAAACCCAUAUGGAAUUAUCAUUUGAUUUCAAAAACUACAUGUUGGAAAAAGCGGAUUUGGUAAACCAGGCGCUAAACGACGCCGUUCCGGUUAAAAACCCGCCGAAAAUCCACGAGUCCAUGCGGUAUUCUCUCCUCGCCGGAGGAAAACGCGUCCGGCCGGUUUUAUGCCUCGCCGCGUGUGCACUCGUCGGCGGCGAGGAAUCCACCGCCAUGCCCGCCGCCUGUGCGGUGGAGAUGAUCCAUACGAUGUCGUUAAUGCAUGAUGAUCUUCCCUGCAUGGAUAACGACGAUUUCCGGCGAGGAAAACCGACGAACCACAUGGUCUACGGCGAAGAAGUCGCCGUACUCGCCGGCGACGCGUUGCUAUCGUUCGCAUUCGAACACAUUGCCACUUCCACAAAAGGGGUUUCAUCGGAUCGGAUCCUCCGGGCUAUCGGAGAACUUGCCAAGUGUAUCGGAUCCGAGGGGCUUGUUGCCGGUCAGGUGGUGGAUAUAUGCUCGGAAGGUGCGGAUGUUGGAGUUGACCACUUGGAGUUCAUACAUUUGCACAAAACGGCAGCGUUGCUUGAGGGGUCGGUUGUGUUGGGUGCAAUAAUGGGUGGUGGGUCGGAUGUGGAGAUAGAGAAGCUUAGGAAGUUUGCACGGUCGAUCGGGCUUUUGUUUCAGGUGGUGGAUGAUAUUCUUGAUGUGACAAAGUCGUCGGAGGAGUUGGGGAAGACUGCCGGGAAGGAUUUGGUGUCGGAUAAGACGACGUAUCCGAAGCUGUUGGGGAUCGAUAAGUCUCGCGAAUUUGCGGAGGAGUUGAAGGAGGAGGCGAUAGAACAGUUGUCGGAGUUUGAUCAGCGGAAGGCGGCGCCGUUGAUUGCUCUUGCUAAUUAUAUUGCUUAUAGGCAGAAUUGAUGAAUGUUUUAAGGUUGUAUGGUGUUUAUGUUUUAAGUUAUUGCCAGUUAAAAGGGUUUUAUGAUUUAUAAAAUGUGGUAUGAAGUUUAAAGUGGUAUUGAAGUUUAAUGGGAAUAUAUGUUUGUGUUAAAUGUUCAUUUAGAUGUGGGGAUUCAAUUCAAUACAAGAAGUGAAUUAGUUGAUUGAUGGUAUGUGUUUCUUUAAAGUAAUGAAAUGUGUAGAACAAAAACAUUGAGGUGAAA